GUUUCGUUUUUGUUUUAUUUAUUCAUUUGUGAUUCGCAGACGGUUACAACUUUUUUUGAAGGAAAAAAAGUCAAGGGUGUGUUGUUUGGAAAUCAUAUAGGAGAACGAAAUUUUUUUCAGAUUUUGUAUACUAUAUACAAUUUAGCAUGUUAAUUUUUAACAUUUUAAAAAUAAUAUAAAUUUCUAUUUUUUUAAACUACCAAUCUACUGACAUCUAUCUCUGCCUCUUUUGGUUUGGCAUUAAGAACGAGAGUACGGUAAAAAUAUAAAUGCUUAGGUCGCAUCUGCUGUGAUGACUAGUUUAAAUUCCUGAACCUGAUAUCUAUGCAAGGAAACUGUAUGUUCAUGAAUGUGUGCAUUAGCCUGAAAAUCAUUUUGAUAGUCAAUAUACAGAUCAUGAAUUAAGAUAGGGGAGGUUAUAUAAAAUUUAUUUAUUUCAAGGCAACUAAAGGCUGACCGGCUUUAGGCCUAAUGUCAUGGGCUGUUUUGGAGGUUCUAGUUCUAAGGGCGAUGCAGAGGAAGAUAAACGAAGGAAAGAAGCUAAUAAGAAAAUCGAAAGACAGAUUCAAAAAGAUAAACAGAUAUACAGAGCAACUCAUAGACUCCUUUUAUUAGGUGCUGGUGAGUCUGGCAAAAGCACAAUAGUUAAACAGAUGAGAAUAUUGCAUGUGAAUGGAUUUAGUGAAGAUGAAAGAAAACAGAAAAUAGAAGAUAUUAAAAAGAAUAUCAGGGAUGCAAUAUUGACUAUAACAGGAGCAAUGAGCACGCUUUCCCCUCCUGUUCCUCUUGAAAAUCCAGACAACCAAUGGAGAGUAGACUAUAUUCAAGAUGUUGCCAGUAAUCCAGACUUUGACUAUCCUCCAGAAUUUUAUGAGCAUACAGAGAUCCUAUGGAAAGACAAGGGAGUUCAGUCCACCUUUGAGAGAUCAAAUGAGUACCAGCUAAUUGAUUGUGCUAAGUAUUUCUUAGAUAGGGUGAGUGUCAUAAAAAAAAGUGAUUACACACCAAAUGAACAAGAUAUACUACGGUGUCGUGUUUUAACAUCAGGCAUAUUUGAAACUAAGUUCCAAGUCGAUAAAGUCAAUUUUCACAUGUUUGAUGUGGGUGGUCAACGUGACGAGAGACGUAAAUGGAUUCAGUGCUUCAAUGAUGUUACAGCUAUUAUUUUUGUGACAGCUUGUAGUAGUUAUAAUAUGGUAUUAAGAGAAGAUCCUAACCAGAACAGGCUCAGAGAAUCUCUCGAUUUGUUCAAAAGUAUUUGGAACAACAGGUGGCUACGCACGAUAUCUGUAAUAUUGUUCCUUAAUAAACAAGAUCUGUUAGCAGAAAAAAUCAAAGCUGGAAAAUCUAAACUUACAGACUAUUUCCCUGAUUUUGCUCACUAUCAGACACCUCCAGAUGCAGUGACUGAUCAGGGAGAUGAACCUGAAGUUUUGAGAGCAAAAUAUUUCAUAAGAGAUGAAUUUUUGCGCAUCAGCACAGCGAGCGGUGAUGGGAAGCACUACUGUUACCCCCACUUCACAUGUGCUGUAGACACUGAGAACAUUCGACGGGUAUUCAACGACUGCCGAGACAUCAUCCAACGGAUGCACUUACACCAGUACGAACUUUUGUGAUCGAACCACUGUUAGAUUACUCUGUUCUUUUUUCUGUUAUUGCAUGCAGCAAAAAGGUGGAACAUUAUAAAUACUACAACACUGUGGAGUGAAAACACUGCCUCUUUCUCUCAAAUCAUCAUUGGCCAUAAAACAACACCACCUGCUCUGCUGCAUCAUUCCGUGUGCUAAUAGCGCCAUCUGGCGGCCCAAAAAUUAGCCGAGGAACAUUUUGCCUACCCUCCUUACCUCCCUCUAUCCCUCCCCCCCUAAAACUGUGAUUUCACAAACAACAACAAACCACUACUCUCUCUUUUUUGUGUAUCACGGUUGCUUCCAUUUCUUCAUUCUCUCUGCAUUUCUUCUUCUCAUGGGUGUUGUCACACAUAAAUAACAUAGAGGAACCCUUUUUAGACGAAAAGAGAAAUUCUGCGGUAAUGGAUAUAUUAUUAUUUUAGUCUUCUUCCCCCCUUCAAAACAACCGUGAUGUGAUUUUUAUUUUUAAUGCAUUUUAUGACUUUUUAUUGCUGCACUUAUUCUCAUGUUUCAAAACCCAUUAUUAUGUGUAUUAUCUUCAAAGAAUGACAGGACAUGCUGUGUGUCCCGUAAUUGCAUUUACGGCAGCCUAUUUUGAUUCGGUUUUUAUUAUAUAUACAUAUGUACAUGUGCUGUGCAUGUAUAUGUAUAUAUAUACACAUAUAUACAUAAAUAUAUAGUUUGUAUAUUUCAGAAGUUCUCUCUUGGUGGUUAUUGCAUUUGUUAGUUUUAGUCUAGUCAACCUUUGAUUUUUUUAGAUUGGAAUAGUUUUAUUAUUGUUGAUUUAUAUUUAAGUUGUAGAAAGAAAAAAAAUCAUAUUUGGAUAGUAUUUAUUGUUUUUCGACAGGAAUUGGCUGUGUUAUUAAUUGAUGAUGAGAUUGAACGUCUUUAUAAUAAAUUUUAAAAAAAAAGAGAGAGAGAGAUUUAUGGGUGCUUUGUUAUCUGCUGCUGCUGUCUACUUAAAAAAUCAAAUUUGUUUUUUUUUCUCCUCUUUUUCCUGUUUUUGUUUGUAUGCAUUUGUCUUCCCUUGUUGCAGAUAUAUUUCAGGGCUUCUUUAACAUUAGGUUUCUAAUUUUUGUGUAUUUUAAAUGUGUUGGUAGAACAACUAUUUAAUCAAGUUCAUUAUAAUCAGUUAAAAGUGACUCGCUUUUAAUUAUCUAUUUUUAAUAUAUUUUUAUAUAAAAUAAUCUGCAGUCACGGAUGGUUUUUUAUUAUUAUUAAUGCUUGCAUCCCUCUAUUAAUAUUAAUUCCCUUUUUUUUUUAAAGGUUAGUGAAAAAUUAUGUUGAAAAAUGUAUCUUGCUUCUAAAGAUUCCUUCUAUGAAGUAUUCUGUAUUAUUUAUAUACAUAUAUAUAUAUUCAAGGCCUGUUCAAGCUCAAACCAAAUAUGUUGUUACAUUUUUGUUCUGGUAUAGUCAGGCAUUACUCCCUUUUUUUCAUGUUAUGCUUUUAUAAUAAAUUGUAAAAGUGUUAUUUAAUUAAAAU